AGUUUUUAACCUGCUCUCUCUCUCUCUCUCUCUCUCUCUCUCUCUCCAUUUUGGCGUAGCUCUCGCUUCCCUCUCCUAUCCUAGGGUUUUUCCAAUCCCAAAUCUGAUUGAUUUUCCAUUUCGUUACCGGAUUCUCUCCCUUCAAUGUGCCUCCACUGCUCUUCUUUCAGGGCUUGGAUGUGGGCUUUCAAAGCGAGUGAAAGGAGCUCGCAGACUAUUCAUAGUUUAAGAUGUCUAUAUCAAAAACAGGUCUCGUGUAAACUUUAAGGGCUUUAUAGAACCUUUUGAACUGCUUCUGAACAAAUUUGGUGGAGUCUGAGCAGCUGUAUUAAUGGGGUCGUAUUCUCAUGGUCGCACUUGUGAAAUUGUUGAAGCAAGGGAAGAGCUGAAUUCAGCAGUACAUUCUAAGAGAACUUUUGAAUCUCAUUCUGGAUUAAAUGUGGGUGAUAAUGAAAGGGAGCCAUCUGUUCACAAACUGGGAUACAGGAAUUCUCUAGAAGAUGAUAUCAAUCAACUUUUUGAAGCUAUCAGUCUCAAAAACUCGUCCAAGGGACUGAUUCUUUCGAGUCAAGCAGGCCCAAGCUCAAGCCCUUUAAGGAAAAGUGCGAUGAAGAGGCCAAUAACAGUAGGUGUGCCUCAUUCCCCUAGAAUCGGAAAUUCUGAACAAGUGUCUCUGAAGCAGGCAUUAAGGGAGCUUUGCAUUUCUAAAGCAUCAGAGAUGGCUGCUAUGAAACGGUUAACAAAGUCGACUGGCUCUCCAGGACCAUCAGAAGCUGGAAGGAUAAAGAGUUUGUAUAAUUCAGUCGUAGUUGAAACUAGUGGGUCUGGGCUCCCAGUAGAUGAAGGACAGGGGACUGUGGUUGAGAUAUCCCUACUUCCAGAAGAAAGCAAAUCAAAAUCUUCUGAGAAGAUGCUUCAUCAACUUCAGCCGCCAAAGUCAUCAAACCCAAGUGGUUAUUCUUCUCCUCAGUCCCAAGUAUUCAAAUAUCCACACCAAAGUGCUCAUUCUUCUCCUCGAUUUGCUGUUCUAGCAACACAAACUGGUUCUGGGACAGCAUCUAUGGAGGAUGAGAUUGCGUCUGCAUCCAGAAAAGUUGGAACUCUGGCAUUAAAGUCACCAGACCAAAGCACUUUCUCUUCUCCUAGAUUCUCUGUACCAAAAAUGCAAAGUGAUAUUGGGACCACCUCAAUCCAGAAUGAGGUUGGUUCUUCAACAAGAAAAGUUGGAAGUCAAGCAACAAAGUCACCUUCCCAAAGUGUUCAUUCUUCUCCCCGGUUUGCUGUUCCAUUCACAAAAAGUGGUACUGGGACCACAUCACUGCAAAAUGAUAUAAAUUCUACAUCAACUAAAGCUGGAACUCAAGCAUUGGAGCCAGAAAUGGUUCAGAAAGAGAAAUGCAUGCCUGCAACUUCCUUAUCUUGUUCUGAUUCUGUCAACAAUAUGCCAGAUGAAGAUUUAAGUGUUUCCACUUCAACGAAGGUAGCAAGAAAGACAUCAACACCUCGAUCCAGCCGAAAAGGCAAGUUACACUCUCUUUCUUCUUCAGUUAAUGGAAGCAGAGUAAACAAGUUCACAAGAAAUACUCCACGAUUAGCAAAACCGGUUGUGAGGAACAAGAGUUAUGUUAAGAAGAAAAUAAAGCAGGGUACAGCUUCUGCUGCCUGCAUUUCUAAUGAAGCUAAUAAUAGCUUGGCUCCUAGCACAGUUCAGUUGGUUUGCCAGAAAUGUCAAUGUGCUUUAAGGAAUGUGACUGAGGAUUUAAAGCAGGACUCCCCACCUACUUUCUCUGCCAGUUUUAGUGCCGAAGUUAGCUCAAGCCAUGAUGCUGGUGCUGGUAAACCAGACUUCAGUUCAAGCAAUUGUAACAGAAACAGAUGCAUUGGGAAGGCAAAGAAGAAUUCAAAAUCAAAAGAGAAGGGGGAGUUCUCCCAAAGCUCAAAGAGUAGCCUUGGUGAAUAUAGCACAAGUACGAGCAACAGUGAUGAGAGCAAUGCAAGCAGGCCUAGCUGUUGCAACAGACCCCAUAUGUCGAAGGAUGUUAGGUGGGAAGUUAUUCGCCAUGUUAAGAUGCAGGAUAAAGUUUUAAGUUUGAGGCAUUUCAACAUCUUAAAAAAGCUUGGUUGUGGAGAUAUAGGAACUGUUUAUCUUGCUGAGCUAAUUGGUUCGAACUGCCUAUUUGCUAUAAAGGUCAUGGACAAUGAAUUUUUGGCAAGAAGGAAGAAGAUGCCAAGGGCUCAAACGGAAAGAGAGAUAUUGAGAAUGUUAGACCAUCCUUUUCUCCCCACACUGUAUGCCCAAUUCACAUCAGAUAAUUUGUCAUGUUUAGUUAUGGAGUACUGUCCAGGUGGAGAUCUGCAUGUCCUUAGGCAGAAGCAGCCUGGCGGGAGUUUCCCUGAACCAGCAGCCAGGUUUUAUGUCGCUGAAGUCCUUCUUGCUCUGGAGUACUUGCACAUGCUUGGAGUUAUCUACCGGGAUCUGAAACCAGAAAACAUUCUUGUUCGAGAGGAUGGCCACAUUAUGCUCACAGAUUUUGACCUCUCACUGAGAUGCAGUGUAAGUCCAACGCUCCUGAAAUCAACUGAUGCUGAUACUGCAAGAAUGUCUGGUCCGUGCACAGAAUCUAGCUGCAUUCAGCCUUUCUGCAUUGAGCCAUCAUGUCAAGUUCCAUGCUUCAGUCCUAGGUUUUCACCCGCUGCUGCAAAAACAAGGAAGUUAAAAGCUGAAAUGGCUUCUCAAACCAGGUCAUUGCCUCAGCUUGUGGCUGAACCUACUGAUGCACGUUCAAAUUCCUUUGUUGGGACCCAUGAAUACUUGGCCCCUGAGAUUAUCAAAGGAAAGGGUCAUGGAGCGGCAGUUGAUUGGUGGACGUUUGGUAUAUUUCUCUAUGAGCUUUUAUAUGGUAGAUCACCAUUUAAAGGUUCUUGUAAUGAAGAAACGCUAGACAAUGUGAUUUCGCAGAGCCUGAAGUUCCCUGACAGCCCACUUGUUAGUUUUCAGGCGAGGGAUCUCAUCUGGGGUCUGUUGGCAAAGGAUCCUGAGAAUCGUUUGGGAUCUGAGAAAGGAGCUGCUGAGAUCAAGCAACACCCUUUCUUCGAGGGCUUAAAUUGGGCACUAAUAAGAUGUGCCAUUCCACCUGAACUACCUGAAUAUUAUGAUUUUGGAGUUCCAUGCGAAAAUGGCAGCAACUAUUUGGAGUACAAAGCGACAGGAGAGCACCUUGAAUUCGAGCUGUUCUAAACAUGGUUUCUCUCCUUCCCUGUUGUAACUAUAAUGGAGCUUGUGAUGUAAAUUUGAUUAAGAACAUUGUGAUACGGCUGUUAUUUGUGAUUAAGAUAUGGCUUAACGGUGCCUAUUAUGGUCCGCUGCUCCAAAUGCAUGACUGGUGAGUGAUGACCCCUUCAGAUUUUGUCACAUCAAAUCAUUUAUUGAGCAACUCUCUCACUUGUACAUGUCUUUCCCUUCAAUCAACCUUUUAUUAGUUUUC